AUAUUACAAUGUAAAAGGGCUUAAAGCUUACAGUAAAGUUGUACACUAGCUAGUGUGCUUUACAGGAAAACGUAUUUUUGCUCAUUAUAUUCGAUUUUUAAAACAACAAUUUAUUGUUAUAUCGUUACGUUUGUUUAUAUCUUCGUAUUGACGGCCGUUUUUUUUAUUAUGUUGUUCCUUUGGAUUUUUGUUUUGGCAAUAUAUGUAGUGAACUGCGAUGUCAGCGAAAACUAUAUACUCGAAAUGCCAGAUAGAGACGUUCCAAAAGCUCACAACACCCCCUUCAAAGUUUAUUGGAACGUCCCAACCAAACAGUGCAGAUACCAAAAGAAUUCCAUACCUUUCGACAACAUUUUACAAAAAUAUGGUAUUAGUUAUAAUAGAAACGAUAAAUUCGAAGGCGAUACGAUCACAAUAAUUUAUGAUGGGGGUUACAUGCCGGCUAUUCUGAAAAGCGAUGGUGCCAAGUACUCAAUCAGAAAUGGCGGGCUGCCUCAAGAAGGGAAUUUGGAACUUCAUUUGACUGUAUUUAGAGAAACUGUGAUAAGGUUAAUUCCUGAUCCAAACUUUAAAGGUCUGGGUAUAAUAGAUAUGGAGAACUGGCGUCCAAUAUUCCGACAACAUUGGAGUAAGCUAGCUAAUGUUAUUGACUUAUCAUUGAGUAUGGAGAAGAGACAAUAUUGGUGGUGGCCCACUUCAUGGCUAAAGAUGGAGGCUACAAAACGUUUUGAAGAUGCUGCAAGAAUAUUUAUGGAGAAAACGCUAUCGACAGCGAAGCAAAUGAGGCCAAAAGCAGUCUGGGGUUACUAUGGAUUCCCAUUUUGUUUUAAUAUGGGUAAAGAUAUGGAGGAGCACUGUUCAAAAACUGUUAAAGAAGAAAAUGAUAGAACUUACUGGCUAUGGGCUGAAAGCACAGCUCUCUAUCCCUCAAUAUACAGCCCUUCACAGUUUUCAACAUCUGAGCUGGAGGCGCUUGUUCGUGGCCGCCUCAUUGAAGCCAACCGAGUGAAACAAGCUGGGACUCUUGUUCUACCUUACUUUUGGAUUAAAUACCGAGACGGAGGUUUCUUCAAAGAGAAAGAUUUAAUAGCAGUAUUUGAGACGUUGCAGAGAAAAAAUGCUUCUGGCCUUGUUAUAUGGGGAAGCUCAGAUGAUGUAAAUCUAUUCGAAAAAUGCGAGAAAUUAUAUAAUUACGUAAACAGCAGUUUAGGACCAAUUGCGAAGAAGUAUAUACAGAGAAUCAACAAAAUAUAUAAUGAUAAAAACAAAGCAGACUCUAAAAAUGUAAAUGUUUUUAAUGGUACUUCAAACAAUGCUGUGACUACAACACAUAAACCCAUUUUAAAUAAUGAUGAUGAAAGUACACACAAUAAUCUAAUUACUACAGAAAAAUCUGAAAACAUAUCUUAUAUGAUCACUGAACAGGAUCAACUUAGUAAAUAUUUAUAUGAAACUGAUGAUAAUAAAAUAGAUGUAAAAAGUUUCAACGAAAGUGACAUCUGGGGUAUAAUUUCAUACAGUACAGAAAGUAUUAAACAUACAAAACCUUAUUUUGAUCUAUCAACAACUUAUCAAAUAAUUUCGUACAAAAAUACCUCGUUAAACAAUGAUUUAUCCAUUACAGCAAAAAUAUCAAUCAAUGAUUCAAGUAAUGUUUUCAAUAACAUAAGCGAUAAUCUCUUUAGAGAAAUUGAAAAUUCAACAUCUUCAACUAUUUUAACAACAAACAAUACAGGAAAGGUUAUUUUGAAUGAUUUAAUCAGGUCAGAAGUAAAUUUGAUGACUCCUAUGAAAACAUCGGUUUAUUUCAAUGUUACUGAAAUUACAACAGAAACUGAUCCACAAUUCAUACAAACUAUAGAAUUGGAACAACAACUUAACAAUUACUUUUAUGAAACUGAUGAUAAUGAAGCAAACAUAAGUUCCAACGAAAGUGACAUCUGGAGUAUAAUAUCUGGAGUAUAUCAAAAAAAUCUCGUACAAAAAGAGGGUGCAAUAAGUAUGAACGGUACGCAGUAUGCAAGAAAUCCCGAAAGCUUAAACCAGAAAUAUACAGAAUCAUAUUAUGAUAAUAAUACAUCAACAACUGGUAAAACAAUUUCCAACAAAGAUACCUCCCUAAACAAAUAUUUAUCUGCAACAGAUAAGAUUUUAUCAGAAAUUGAUUCAGCUAAUAUUUUCAAAACCAAAAGUCAGCCUAUGUUUAAAAUAAUUAAAAAUAAUACUAAUCCAAAUACUGAAACAAUGAAUAGUAAUAUAACAAAUCAUUUGAAAGAUUUACCAAUAUUAACAAUACAGCCUAAGUCGAGGAACUCAUCCGUAAAUAGAAAUAACAGUGAAAUUGUCAUGAAAACCGAUCCCAUACCCACGAUGUCAACAACUAAAAUUAUUACAGAAUUUGCACAUAAUUUUGAUAACAAAAGGCACUUCACUAAUGAGUCUUCUGACAAUAUCGAAGAAAUGGUUAAUAAGGAAAACAAAUCUUCAGAUGUAAAUGCGACUGGCCCCAUGAACAUAAUACCAGAAAAUGGUAAUAAUUAUUAUUACUCACAAAAUGUUAGUCAAAAAGAGCGAAAAAUUGAAAAUACUACUUAUCAAAACACUAUAGCAUCAGAUAAUAGAGAAAACGACUUUUCGGACUAUUUAAUAACAGUACAAGUUAAUUUUAAUAAUAGUUUGAACACACCAGAGAAAGAUUAUGACAUUAAAAUACAUGAAAAUUUAAAUCCAGAAACCACAAUAGAGUUUACCACUCUAAACAAUGAAGCACUAUUUAAGAAAGAAAACGAUAUUUCUGACUAUUUAAUAACAGUAGCAGUAAAUUUAACUAGCCCUAUGAACACAUCAGUAAAUGAUAGUGAUGUUGAAAUAACUUUUGAGAAUAGCGAGUCAGAAAACAGACAAGACUUACCAUCAAACAAUUAUGGAACCGAUUCAAACGAUAUUUCACAAAAUGUUACACAGGAAGAGCAAAUAAUUGAUACAGUCACUUUUCCUGAAAUUGAAGCUAUAACUAAUAUAGAAGACGAUAUUUCAAAUCAUUCAGUACCACCAGCAGGUAAUUCGACUAGCUCUAUAGUAUCAAUAGUAAUUAAAGGUAACGACUCUGGUAUAAUAGAAAAUGUGAAAACAAGAAAUAGUCUAGAAACUACUCUAUUAUUACCAAACGAUUUCUCAAAAGAUAUGUCACAAAAUUUAAAACAAGAUGAGCAACUCAUUAAAAAUACCACUCACCCCAACAAUGAAGAAACGAUUAGUACAGAAAAUGAUACAUCGAUUAAUCCUGUAAUAUCAGCAGAAGAUUCGACUAUUCUUUUGACAAGAGUAGUAAACGAAAGCGAUGCUCUUAUAAUGGAAUUUAAUAUGAAAGCAGAAAAUAGAGUAGAAUCUGUGUCAUUACCAAACAAUUUCUUAAGAGAUAUUUCGCUAAAUGUAAAACAAGAUGAGCAACUUAUUAAACAUUCCACUAACCCUAACGUUGUAGCAACGAUUAGCAUAGAGGAUGAUAUAUUGCAAAAUUCAGCAGAAAAUUCAACUGUUCCUAUACCAAGAUUACUAAAUGGUAGCGAUGCUGGUAUAAAUGAAAAUGAGGAAACAGAAAAUAGUUUAGAAUCUACGUUGUUAUUACCAUACAACUUCUCAAGAGGCAUUCCAGAAACUGUAAACGAAAAUGAGCAACGCAUUGAAAAUAUUUUUUAUCCUAACAAUGAAGAUAUGAUUACUACAGCAAACGGAAUUUCAGACAAUUUAGUAACAUCAGCAGGAAAUUCAACUAGUCCCAAAACAACAUUAGUAAGUAUUAAUGAUACUGAUAUAAUAGAAAAUGUGGAAGCAGGUAAUAGUCUAGAGUUAUUGUUGCCAAAAAAUUUCUCAAAAGACAUUUCACAGAAAGUAAAAGAAAAUGAUCAACUCAAAAACACUACUUACACUAACAAUGAAACUACGAUUAGUGCAGAAAAUAACAUUCCAGACUAUUUAGUAGCAUCGGCAAGAAAUUCGACUAGUCAUGAAACAACAUUAGUAAACAGUAAUGAUACUGGAAUAACACCAAAUAAUUUUUCAAUAGAUAUUUCACAAAAUGUAAAACUUGAUGAGCAAUUCAUAAGAAAUACCACUUACGCCAAUAUCGAAACGUCAGUUAGUAGAGAAAGCAAUGUUUCGGAGGUUUCGGACUAUUUAAUAAUAUUAACGGAAGAGAAUAAUUGCAUGAACACCUCUGUGAAUAGUAAUGACGCUACAGUAAUGGAAAAUGUAAAAUCAGAAAGCAGUCUAGAACUGACUUCAUCAUCAAAAAUCAAUUUUUCUAUGGAUUCGCAAAGCAUAGACCAGGCUGAGCAACUAAACGAAAAUACUCUUUAUUCCAAAACUGAAGCAACAGCAAGAGGAGAAAACGAUUUUCCAGAUUAUCUUAUUACAUUAGCGAGAGAAUCAAAUUCUAUCAAUACAUCCGUGAAUGCUAACGAAAUUGAUAAAGUAAUAGAAAAUUACGAGGCUGAUGAAAAUGAUAUAGAUUUAGAAACUUCUAAUGACAUUGACAUAUAUUAAUAACUAGUAAUAAAUGGCUUUUACUGCGGUUCGGGAAGCGGAAUCUACUGAGAAGAAAUGAAA